AUGGAUGAUAUUUUAUUUUUGUAUAUUUUUUUAUUUUUAGUUUGUGCCAUUGGUUUUUAUUCAACUUUUCGUUUUGGUAAAUUAUUUACCAAAAAAAGCAUCACCCAAGUAGAGAGUUGGGAAAAAGACGACCACCAACUCGAAGACUCUGAUCAAUUGGAUGAUUUGGUAAAUUCAUUUGGAAGUCUAAGUGUUCUAACAAGUGAAGAAGAAAUGGAAAAUAAACAACUUAUGGAACAAUAUUCAAAUCUUCUCCAACACUUCGAUAAUACCCUAGAUGAAUGUAAUAAUAAACUAGAUCAACAAUUAAAAGUUUUAGAUAAUGUACAUUUUUCAAAAGCCCCAACUAGUAACAGUAGUCAAUCAUCUAAGGAUUCAAGAUAUUCUAACUCCGAUGAUAACUCAAUAAGUAAUGGGUCAAAAAUUGCAGAACGUCCAGAGCAAGAAUUAGUAAAUACAUCAGAAGAAAAGGUUGACCAUUGUAAAAAAGUUUUCGCCAAUAUUGCACCCGAUUAUUUUACCUAUAUCAAAAAACCAAUGGAUUUCUCAACAAUGAUCAAAAAGAAUAAUGAUGGUAAAUACAUUUCAAUGGAUCUUUUCACUUACGAUUUUACAUUGAUUUGUGAAAAUUGA